CGUUACUAGAUGCAAUAAAAUGAUUUGGAUUAUAUUGUUUGGUAUAUUUUUACGUUUUGUAGCUUGCCAAAAGUUACCAACUGUAACAAUUCCAAAUGGAAAUAUUCAAGGAACACUAAAAACUUCAUACAAUGGAAAAACUUACAUGCAAUUCACUGGCAUUCCUUAUGCGAACCCACCAAUUGGAAAUUUAAGAUUUGAACCGCCACAAGUUGCUGAUUCAUGGAAUGAUACACUUAUAGCUGAUAAAUCUUACUCUUGUGCCCAAAUCACCCACGUACCCGACCCAGUUGGAGGACUUUCCCUUGGUUCAGAAGACUGUUUGUAUCUCUCAGUAAAAGUCCCCGGUGAUCGAAUUGACGCAACAAAAAACUACAACGUUUUGGUUUACAUCCAUGGAGGUUCAUUCAGUUUUGGAUCUGAAGCAAGUGCAGGAGGCAAAUAUAUCAUGGAUCGUGAAUUGAUACUCGUAAGCAUGAACUACCGGCUUGGAAUUUUUGGAUUCUUGAGCACUGAGGACGCUACAAUGCCCGGUAAUUUGGGUCUGAAGGAUCAAGUUUUGGCGUUGGAGUGGGUGCGCGACAACAUUGCGUACUUCGGAGGCAAUCCAAACUCGGUGACAAUCAACGGUUUGUCCGCCGGUGCUAUUUCCAUUCAUUAUCAUAUCCUUUCACCGCUAUCAAAAGGACUAUUUCAUCGAGCCAUUGCUAUGAGUGGUUCGGCUUUGCGUUCUCUGCAAGCCACUCCACGUAAGAAGGCUAUGACUUUAGGCAAACACUUUGAUUGCCCUUUAGUACCUACAAGAGAAAUGAUUUCAUGUUUAAAACGUGUACCUGAAAGUGAGUUGCUGGAAGCUACGCGUUUAUUUAGAUCAUGGAUAUUCCAUCCAUAUGCCCCCUUUUCGCCUGUUGUUGAUAAGUGGAGCAGUGAACCCUUUAUGCAGCAACAUCCCAUAGAAAUAUUCAAAUCAAAACAGUUCAAUCAUGUGCCUUUCCUCAGCUCGUCUGUUGCCGAAGAAGGCUUGUAUCCUGGCGCAGAGUUCCUUUAUAAUGAUUCAUAUUUAAAUGAGUUUAAUGAACGUUGGGACAAACUGGGGCCAGUUGUGUUGAUGUAUGAAGGACAAAUUCCUGAAGUUGAAAGUAUCGAAACGACCCAAUUGAUUAGAGAGCAUUACUUUGCUAACGAGGCAAUUAGUAACAGGACUUUCGGCCGGUUAAUUCAGAUGUUUAGCGACAAAUUUUUUGAUUACGCUUUGGGAAAAUCGCUGAGAUUGCAUGCGGAAACAACUCAUUUUCCUGUAUACUCAUAUCGAUUUAAUUACACGUCUGAAGAAGUUCCUAGCCUUUCUGAGCUUUUCUCCGCAACUAAUCAACGCCUUGGUAUAUCACAUGGAGAUGAUGAUAUUUUCAUUUUUGGAUUUGAAGCAUUACCUGAGGAGAAAAGAACGCCUCGAGAUGAAAAUAUGAUGAAUUUCUUUUUGGAUGUUUAUGUCGAGUUUAUGCAAACUGGAAAAAUUCUUUUGGAUAACUGGCUUCCCGUAAACUCAAAUGAAACAAAUACAACCAAUUAUCUACUUAUUCAAGGACCUGAAUUAGAAAACAUGCAGAUGAAAAGUUCUAAAAUAGGAAACCCAGAUUUUUGGAAUGAGAUUACUUUAGAAACUUUAUAAAACUGUCUUAUAAAUUCCAUAUUUUAUGGAACAUGGAACGACAUUUUAUGGAAUUAAAUUAAAAAUAAUUAAUCA